AAUGGGUGCCUGAUUAUUAAAAUGUAUCGGUCGAUAGCGGUGAUAUGAACUUUAAAGGAGAGAGGAGAGAGAGAUUAUGCACUAUGAUAGCGGAGUAGAGUCCAACCCCUGGGUGGAGAUUUAUGUGAUUGAUGGUCCCCUUGUGCGCUCACACUCGCACACUCUCGCCCCCUGCAACCUUCCCAAUUUCACCAGCACAAGGAAUGUGGAUGCACAGCUGGUCCCGUAGCUGAGCAGAUUGGGAAGUCCGUCUUUCAUUCGGGGCAGAAGACCGAUAUAGAAGCACGGAACAACUUCUAUUCCGGCGUCCACUACCGCGUGGGACUAAAGUCACUGCAUUCUCGCCACAUUCUUUACACUGAAAACGAUACUCCUCCUUCGAAGAACGUGAACUUAGUCCCACCGUUGGCUCUACUGAAAAGUUUUCGCUUUUUACCAAUUAAUCGGAUCACAAUGCAAAACAUCAGAUUGGGAUUACACAAAUAACACAGCAGGAGACGAAUGAUCACGGGACAAGAGGACGUGGAAGUAGAAGCAUGGACGAGGCAAUCCCUGAUGUCCUUUAACUCUGUGCAUUGCAAUUCAUCUGAAGCUCAAAGAUCCCAUAUCGGAUACACCACAGUCACUUUUGUCUCAGGAGGGAGCAAAAUAUAAAACAAAUCCCAACGGUAGUGCACACACACACACACACACACACACACACACACACACACACACACACGCCUUUCUGUGCAAAGUGGGCCUGAGAGCUCACUCAGGCCAGCCAUGGCAUCCAGCCUGACGUGCGUGGGGCUGCUAUGGGCCUUCCUGUCGCUGCUGAGUGCCGCCGCCUCCUGCGUUGGCUUCUUCAUGCCCUACUGGCUGCUCGGACAGCAGAUGGACAAACCGGUGUCGUUCGGCACGUUCCGCCGCUGCUCGUACCCGGUGCGCGACGAGGAGCGCCAGGCCACAGUGAUGGUGGAGCAGUGCGGGCGCUACGCCUCCUUCCUGGGCAUCCCCAGCCUGGAGUGGCGCAUCUGCACGGUGGUGACGGGCGUGGGCUGCGGUAUGCUGCUGCUGGUGGGUCUCACGGCGCUCAUGGGCUGCUGCAUCUCCGAGCUCAUCUCCCGGACCAUCGGACGCGUGGCAGGGGGCAUCCAGUUCGUGGGAGGUGAGUUUGGGGGCCGGACAGGCCAGUGCUGGAGGUCUGGGCAUUGGGAGAAGAGGAUGAUGUAUGGCUUGUGA